CUCUCUUCUACGAAACCUUUUCAUAAUUUCGUAACAAUUUCCAUCCAUGGCAGCUCUCUCCGCUUGUUCUUCUCCUCCAUGGCCGCUUCCGGAGUCAAAUCCUAAACCUAAUUCUAAUUCGAAUUUUCUCACUCUUCCCUCAGACGAACGCGCCAUGAUAUCGGACGAAUCUCAGAUUGCAGUAGAGCCUCCUUUUGCUAUGCAACAACGAAGAGAUGAAACGGAAGAGAACGUCGAAGAUGGAGAUGGAGAUGAAGAUGCGGAAGCUCCUUCCAAUUUCAAUUCCCCUUCUUCCACCUCUCCUUUCAUUCAAAACCCUAGCGCUAACCCCAAUCUCCAUGAAAAUUUGUCUCCGUCAGCGUCUUCUGUUCCCACGCUCCUUCACCUCUCCUUUAAUCAGGACCAUGGAUGUUUUGCCACCGGAACAGAUCAUGGCUUCCGGAUCUACAACUGCGAUCCUUUUCGUGAAAUCUUCCGGAGAGACUUCGAUCAUGGAGGCGGUAUUGGUGUUGUGGAGAUGCUCUUUAGAUGCAAUAUUCUUGCACUUGUCGGGGGCGGACCUGAUCCGCAAUACCCGAUCAACAAGGUCAUGAUUUGGGAUGAUCACCAGAGCCGUUGCAUCGGCGAGUUGUCAUUUAGAUCUGAGGUCCGUGCCGUACGGCUUCGGCGUGAUCGUAUUAUUGUCGUUUUGGAACAGAAGAUAUUUGUGUACAAUUUCGCCGACCUGAAGCUGUUGCACCAAAUUGAGACGAUUGCCAAUCCCAAGGGGCUUUGUGCGGUGUCACAGGUGUCUGGUUCACUUGUCUUGGUUUGCCCUGGGCUGCAGAAGGGUCAGGUUAGGGUUGAGCAUUAUGCGUCUAAGAGAACAAAGUUCAUCACGGCUCAUGAUUCGAGGAUCGCGUGUUUCGCACUCACCCAGGAUGGUAAAUUGCUCGCUACAGCCAGCACCAAGGGCACUCUGGUUCGGAUUUUCAAUACAUUGGAUGGAACUCUUCUUCAAGAGGUGCGUAGGGGUGCUGAUAGAGCAGAGAUCUACAGUUUGGCUUUCUCUUCUACUGCAGAGUGGCUAGCUGUGUCAAGUGACAAGGGCACUGUUCAUGUUUUCAAUCUCAAGGUUAAUUCAGGAUCUCCAGGAAAUGAUAAUACACGCAUUGUAUCUGGUCCCAAUAAUGCUGCUGCAUCAAGUGGUUCAUCACUUUCUUUCAUUAAAGGGGUGCUGCCUAAGUAUUUUAGCUCAGAAUGGUCAGUUGCGCAAUUCCGCCUGCAUGAAGGUUCUCAGUACAUUGUUGCUUUUGGCCAUCAAAAGGAUACAAUCGUUGUACUCGGCAUGGAUGGAAGCUUCUAUCGAUGUCAGUUUGAUCCGGUGACCGGUGGCGAGAUGAGUCAACUGGAAUAUUACAACUUCCUGAAGCCAGAAGACACUUUCUAGACCAAAGCCGAAGGCAUGUCUUCUUUCUAAUUUUGGCAAGCUUGUCUAGUGUUUUAUGAUGUUAUCUUAGGGAAAUUUCUUUUUGAGACUAAAUAAAUUGUAAAUAUAUUAGUAUAAAUGGCAUCUGUAGAUAAUACCUGUGAAUAUAGCCCAA